GCCACCCCCAACAUGGCGCCCAGCUCAGCCCACACCGGCACCUCUGACCCUCCUCCCAUGACCCUCCCGACACAUCCCGCCCCUUCCGCGACGCCGCUUCGAUCUGAUUGGUCGGCCGGCCGCCGCGGCCGGAAGAGGCUGGGUUGGCAGGGAAAUUUAAACGUUGGAAGCGGUAGCGGCCGCGGUGGCUCGCGCUCGGUGUUUUCGACCUCGGGAGCGCCGCGUUGCCUAGAGACCGCUCCCGCCGGGACUUCAGAAGUACCGCUAAACUUUGCCUAUCUCAACAUGGGUGUAGAUGACUAUGAGGAAAUUCUCAAGUACUAUGAAUUAUAUGAAACAGUUGGGACAGGUGGCUUUGCAAAGGUGAAGCUAGGUCGCCAUCUCCUUACUGGUGAAAAAGUUGCAAUCAAAAUCAUGGACAAACUGGCUUUGGGGGGUGACUUACCUCGUGUUAAAACCGAAAUUGAUGCAAUGAAGAACUUGAGUCACCAGCAUAUUUGCCGAUUAUACCAUGUGAUAGAGACAUCCAAGAAGAUAUUCAUGGUCUUAGAGUAUUGUCCUGGAGGAGAGUUGUUUGAUUAUAUAAUCUCCAAGGAUCGCCUUUCAGAAGAGGAAGCUCGUAUAUUUUUCCGUCAGAUUGUUUCAGCAAUUGCUUAUGUGCACAGUCAGGGGUAUGCCCACAGGGAUCUCAAACCAGUAAGUUUGACUUGUUUCUAA